AGACCGGCAAAUGCCAUCCACGCUUUUGCUGCAAAAAAGGGAGAGACUCAGACGACCUCCCCCAACCUCCUCGCCUCAACAAAUCUUCAUCAUCUACACGGUCCAGCAUAAGUGCUAUUGAUGGGAGGCGGACCUCAAGGAUCCCAGGAUGUGACGCGUAAGCGUCCUCGCUCCACCACCUCCUCGGAUUCUUCGACAACAUACAAACGAGGCGCCUCCGAGGACGCUAUAGCUUCCGCGGCAAGCACUCCAUCAGCAACGGUGACACCCUCUGUGGGCAUGGAUGCCUACAUGCGCGAACAGGAUAAGGAUGACGUCUGCUUGCCUGGCGACACCAUCACACGUGGAAAUGAUCCAAUUGCCUCUUCUUCAAAGCCGAUGCCUAUUCCCAGUGAACAGCUCACUCUGAUCGAGUCUUUGGUGCAGCGAACACCCCAACCUGGAGAGACGUGGUACAUAAUCUCCCGGGGUUGGUACCAAAAAUGGCACGACGCGUGUUCCGGCCGAAUAUCGAAGACCAUAUCCGAUCCUUCCACCAUACCUCUUGGACCAAUUCAGAAUGAUGCUAUUGUCGGUGCCGAUGGAACCCUGAGGAUGGAGCCUGCCUUGCAAGAAGGCGAAGAUAUUGAGUAUCUCCCAGACCAAGCCUGGAAGUUGUUGGUAGAAUGGUAUGGCUCUCCAAUGAGUAUAUUCCCUCGUCCUGUCAAUAAACGUGGAUUAAUCGAAGUGAAUCCACGCACCCUUCGGAUAUUCUACACUCACACCGAUCCGACACACCUCCCUCCAACCCGGAAGAUAUACCUCCUAAGAGAAGACACAUUCGCAGAUAUCAUACCCCGAAUUACAUGGAAUGAUCGUGCAACGUUGCACCGAAUAGAUGUUGACCAACCCUGGGAAGAUGACACGCCUCUUAACCGUAACCAGCUCAAAAAUAUGAAACCUGUCCAUAUCUUGGGGCCAAAUCCUGACCAGGCGGCACUCUCUCAGUCCGUAGACGACAAGCUUGAAUUCAGUAUGGGCGAUUUGGAGGACUUCGUUGUGGACCUGACCCCUGCUGAGUCUGAGAUCAGGCCUGUCGCGCCUCCCCCGCCCAUUUUUGGGUCAAGUAAGGAUUUUUUCUCCAAGUUCGAGAUUGGUUCGAAAGGGACAAACCAGUUUGUGAUGACCAAUGGUGUUACCUCGGGCAGUCCCCGUCUUGCGAUUGCAAGGAGUAUUGCUCCGACCCGAACUCCAGGGACAAUGGGUUUGACGAAUCUUGGAAACACAUGCUUUAUGAAUUCUGCCCUACAAUGCCUAGCGCAUGUCCCUGAAUUAACCGAGUAUUUCGUUCGUGGAGUUUAUAUGAGCGAACUCAAUCCUGAUAACCCCCUCAGCACUGGAGGCGCCCUGGCACGCUCAUAUGGCGAUCUCCUGCGAAACCUCUUUGCCCCGAAUACUACUUCUACUUGCUACACCCCACGAGAGUUCAAACAUCGGAUAGCCAUGCACGCACCCGCUUUCGCAGGAUAUCAGCAGCAUGACUCUCAAGAAUUGCUCGCUUUCCUUCUCGAUGGCUUGCACGAAGAUUUGAACCGUAUUUUGAAGAAGCCAUACGUUGAGAAGCCUGAUUGGGAAGGCGGCGAUCUGAAAGAUCUCGUCAAGCUUGCGAAGGCCACGUGGGAAGGGUAUCUCAAACGGAAUGAUAGCGCUAUUGUAGACUUGUUCCAGGGUCAAUAUAAGAGCACCUUAGUCUGCCCCGUGUGUUCGAAGGUUUCAAUCACAUUCGACCCUUUCAUGUAUCUCACACUACCCCUUCCGGUUCAUAAAUUAUGGAGGCACGAAGUCUCUUUCAUCCCUUGGGAUAUCCAGAAACCGCACAUCUCGGUUCGUGUGGAGGUGCCAGCAAACUCAUCUAUCCGCGCACUCAAGCAGCUUCUAGCGAAAUGGUUUCAGACCGAGGCUGAUCGCUUGCUCGCAGCUGACUAUUUUCGAUUCCGAUUUUACAAAAUUUAUUCAGACCAUGAAUCAGUCGGGGAGAUAACCAGCAAUGACAAGACCUAUAUUUACGAACUUCCUAUAUCUGUGCGACAGCCACAUUCGAAAAGAAUGGACGCCACCAAUGAUGUGUUCAUCAUUCCCGUUUAUCACAUUCUCCCGCCACCCACGGAAAGUUACCGCGGGGGGUUCCGCUCCGUAGGCCUCGACAAUCGUCUGUAUGGCGCUCCGUUUUUCGUUUGUCUAGAGAACGUGGAUGGCACAGCACCGCCACAAGAGGAUAUUUAUGCUGCUAUCUUAGAGCGUUACACCCAUUGGACGGACCGUGCAUCACACUUGUAUGAUUGGCACCAUACAGACAGCGAAACCGAAACCGACACUGAGAUGGAGCCCGCCACUCCUACCGCUGACGAGGAGAGCUCCACCCCCAACGGUGACGCUUUUCAGGAUACUCUGAUGCCAUCUUCAUCGUCAUCUGGGCUCUCUCCCUCCCAGGACUCAACGUCCACAGGUCGUUCUGAGGACAUUGCGCCCACCAGGGCGAAGCCUUCCCUCUUCAGAUUUUACAUCCGCGAGACAAUCUCUCGUCUGGAAGAGAUUGAUGUUCAGUUGAUGGACUUCGGCCGAGGCCGAGAUGUUGAAAUCUCCGCACGCGCUCUCACUUCUCUUGUCACAGAGGACUCGCCAGUGGUGACUGAAAUCUCAGAGGAAACUCUCGAGCCUGUCCAACGUAUUCGGUUACGUGUUUCGGAUGCGUUUGUAGUUGAAUGGGAUCCUCAGAUGCUGCUGUAUUUCUUCGGCGCCGACGGCAAGGGCGAGGAAGCCCGGUGGGACAAAUUCGAGCCUUAUGUCGAUCCUGAGACCUUAGCAUCUCAGCAACGUCAAGCGGCUGAGGCAGCACACAAAAAGAAAAGGCCACUGAAUUUAGAUGAUUGUCUUGACGAGUUUACCAAGGAAGAACGGCUUGGAGAGGAUGACCUGUGGUACUGUCCACGAUGCAAGGAGCACCGCCAGGCAACGAAAAAGUUUGAGAUCUGGAAGCUUCCUGACAUCCUCGUCGUGCACCUUAAGCGCUUUAGUAAUUCACGAUUACUACGGGACAAGAUUGAUGCAAUUGUCGAAUUCCCAAUUGAAGGCUUGGAUUUAGAAAAUCGGGUGGAAGAACGUCGCGUGGCGAAGGAGUUGCAGGCCAAUGGGGGAGAUCUGGCUGGAACAGGGCUUGAACACGCCUUAGAUGAGCCCCUUAUCUAUGACUUGUUCGCUGUUGAUGAACACAUCGGGGGGUUGGGAGGGGGUCAUUACCGCGCUUAUGCCAAAAACGAUGUUGACAGGCAAUGGUACCAUUUCGAUGAUUCAUAUACGAGUAAUGCUCGGCCCGAAGAUUCAGUCAAUGCAAAUGCUUACCUAUUAUUCUAUCGUCGGAGAUCAUCGAAGCCUCUUGGAGGUGCCACCUAUGAAAAGCUGGAAGCUGCAAGGUCCGCAGCUUCUGAUGAGAUAUCCUAUCCGACAGAAGAACCUGCUGCCACCGAACCCACCGCUUCGACCUCUCGUACGUUUCUUGGGCCCUUUAUCGGCCCAGUUUUACCCGAUCGCACCUCAACUCCGGAGGUUGGAUUUGAGGAGACACUUCCAAGCUUUGAAGAAUCCAUCUUCGACCCGGUCGCCAUUCCUCGCUCAGACAAUGAUGCUAUUUUUCCUGGUUAUGUCGACGAUCGACGCGCUCCUUCGCCAAGUUCAUCAUUGGAUGUGGACCGGGAUUCUUCUGAUCUCGUGGGUGGUAGCGAAAGUGAUGGAUCGCCUCGAUUCUCUGUUGGCGUAGGUUCUGGUGGGGUUUCUCGCCUCGGACGGUCAUCGGAUUGGGGUUCGGAAAGCUAUGUUAGGUUGGGACCGACUGACAUCUCAGAUGACAUCCCUGACCCGUUUGAAGGCGAAACCGAGGAGUUGCAAAAAGUUGCCUGACAAGUAGCGUGCCAAGCUUGCACACAAAACAUUUCCCUUGGCACAUUUCGUCUGGACAGUUGAUAUGCUGUAAAGGGACUGCUGCACUUGCACCACAGUACUCUAGAUAACACCUAUGCUGUACAGAAUUCUACAAUAAUCGUAAUAUAUGUGUGUCCAUGCAUGUACG